AUGACUGACCCUAACACUCGCCAGAUCGCCCUCGUCACUGGGGGCGGCUCAGGUAUCUCGCUUGCCUUUGCCAAGAAGAUCCACGAGAUCGGUUACCAUAUCCUAAUCGCAGACCUUGCUCUUCAUUCCACCGCCUCGACAUGGAUUGACUCACUACAACCAAAAGAUGCAGACAGGGUCAAGUUCUUCAAACUCGACGUCACAGACUGGGCACAGCUUGAGGCAGCGUUUGAUCACUGCGCAACACUCUUCCAAGGCGUGCCUACCGUCGUGGUCCCUGGAGCUGGCGUCUAUGAACCCUCGAGUAAUUCCUUCUGGGAAGACCGAGAUAGCGACUCGAGAUACAAAGUCCUGGACAUUAAUCUCGUGCACCCUAUCAAGACAACUCGCAUUGCUGUGAGGAGGCUUGUUGAAGCUGGGCUUCCUGGAACUGUCAUCCAUCUGUCGAGCAUUGCUGCGCAGAGAUCGAGUAUCAUUACUCCGCUGUACACUGCUUCAAAGCAUGCACUGAGCAGUUUUGUUCGGGGAAUGGCGCCUCUCGCCCAAACCUCAGGCAUUCGGGUCUUGGGAGUUGCUCCUGGAACCGUGUCCACACCACUCUUCUCAGAGAAACCCGAGGCAGCCAAGUUCCUUGACAUGGAGCGGGAUUAUCUCUUGCCGCCGGAUGCUGUAGCCAACGCCAUGAUGGCUUUACUCACUCAAACUGAAGAGUAUGAGCCAGGCACCAUGCUGGAAGUCUGUCAUGAGACGGAUUGGAGGAAGGUUUCUCUUCUUGAUGACCCUGGGCCGCAGGGCCCUGCCAGCCUUACUAGCAAGAAGAAAGAUGCAGUGAAGGAUAUUUACAAGUAUCUGGCUCCUGGAAAGUCAUCAACAGAUAGUAUUACGACUGACUAA